GGUGCAGCACUAAGCAGCAGCAUGUGAAAGACCGUGCCCGCCUCAAUAUCUUCGCCGAUCUCAUUAUCCCGAAAAUGGGAAAAUAAGCUGUCCCAAAGACAGGAACAAAGAACAGAACGGUAACCCCACCGCCAUGACGCAGUAUCACAGGUUCUCACAGCAGUACAUCCGAGGUUCCCUUUCGCCAGCAAUCUUCGCCUUAAAAUGAUAUCCCCUGCCCCUUGCACAUCCACCUGAACCUACACCGACCACACCCGUUAUAGACCACAGCACCAAAAUGACGGACCCCAACAAAGGCGCCACAAUCACCCUCUACUGGCUCGCGCAAUCCCGCUCCCACCGCAUCCUCUGGCUCCUCGAAGCGCUGCACCUCACCUACGAGCUCAAGAUCUACCAUCGCGGCGCCGACAAGCUCGCGCCCCGCGAGCUGAAGGAGAUCCACCCGCUGGGCAAGUCCCCGGUGAUCACCGUCCAGCCGGCUGCCGCGGAGGGGGAGGGCAAGGAAGCCCCCAAACCCAUCGUGCUGGCCGAGUCCGGCCUAAUCAUCGAAUACCUCCUCGACCAUUACGCCGCCAACGCCGACGCCCCCCUAAUCCCGGAGCGGUAUGCCGCGGGCACCGAAGCCGGGACGGUGGGCGGAGAGACCGAAUCGUGGCUGCGGUAUCGCUACUACCUGCACUACGCGGAGGGCUCGCUGAUGCCGUUUUUGGUGAUGCAGUUGGUUAUGGACACCGUCAAAAACCCGCCCAUCCCGUUCUUCCUCAAACCCCUGCCGCGGGUGGUGGCCGGGCAGGUCGAGAAGGCGUUCCUGAACCGCAACAUCGCCGCGCAUCUGGAUUUCCUCGAGGAGCAGCUGCGCUCGAGUCCCGGGGGCGGGCCGUACCUGUGCGGGCCGGUGCUGACGGCGGCGGAUAUCAUGAUGAGUUUUCCCGUGAUCGCGAUGGCGGGCCGGCUGUCGAUGGAGGGGUACCCGGAGUUGAGCCGGUAUGCGGAGUUGCUGCAGAAGGAGGGCGGGUAUGUGGCGGCGUGUCGGAAGAUCGAGGAGGUGGAUGGGAAAUUUGAGGCGUCUCUUUAGUUUUUGUAUGUAUGUGUGAAUGUGUGUAUGUUAGGAUCGUAAUGUAAUGUCUGUC